AUGUCCGGCUAUACUCUGACAAUCAGCCAGGUGACAUGCAGCGGCCCAUCUGUGGCCUUUGUCGCCGCACCGGCCAGCGCUGCGAGUUUCCCACUCGACGCCGAAAACCGAAUGAGAAGCGGGGAAAAUCGAGGCUGCAGCGGAAAACAGGUUGGUCUUGGCCGAUAUACAUAUCUACUACUUGCUCAUCCAGUCCACUGGCUCUUAGCUCAAGACCGAUGCAUAUCAUGUCAAUCGCCCCGUAGCGAAUCCACCAAUCCUGCCGCGGUACGCUCAUCCUCUCUGAGUACCACCUCCGCGAGUCCGAAGAAUCCCCAGAGCUCUUUGGAGAAGGCCCCAGAAGAAGGAGCCGAGGAGGAAAUACCGCCUGAGUUGGCUAAAGCGCUGGUGGAUCUGUUUUUCUUGAAGAUCCAGCCCUGGCUGCCUCUCUUUCACCGUCCGACGUUUUACCAAACCUACAUCGGCAACAACCAGACUAUGCGCGCCAUGGGCGAUCUGAGUAUGGACGAGCGGCUCAUGUUUUGGGCUAUCUUCGCUCUUGCUGCGAAGUACUACUCGGCUGGGGACUGGGCGCGCAUUCCAGCACCCGAGCGAGGAGCGCAGUUUGCCGUCAACGCCAACCAGGCGUACGCCCGGUUGCGACUCAGCGCCUCCAAGUCUUCCGAGGCCUAUCUCAAGGGAUGUAUUCUCUUGGCAUUCUAUCUUUACACGUCGUGUCUGCGCCAUCAAAGUUGGAUUCUCACCGGAGUCUGCGUUAGGAUGGCUUUUGACCUGAACCUACAUCGAAUAGACGCCAUCGAAACCGAAGGCAAUUGUGGCGCCGACGAACAGCAGCUGACCACCCGAUGGAUGCGUAAAGAAGGCCUCCGCCGAAUCUGGUGGCUGGUGUGGGAGCUGGAUCGCUUCGGAUCCAUCUUGUUGCAGCGGCCGUAUGCAAUUGACGACCGCUCUGUGCGUGUUUGUCUGCCAGUGUCGGACCAUGAUUGGUUUGCUGGCAGACGCGUGGGAUCGGCAAUGCUGGACCGAGAGCCACAUAGGGUAUGGAACAGUCUCCAGGGCAGCGAAAACCAGAGCGAACGUGCCUGGUUCUUGGUUUGCAAUCAUCUUGUCUCACUCGCCCAUGCGAGUUACCAGUACCCGAGCAACGAAGAGGUUGGUGAGAUAGUGCGGAUGGAGACUAUCUUGAACUGCUUCCGCCUCAGCCUGCCACCGCAGUUUGACAUUUUUGAAAACCCCCCCGACUUCAGCAACGAUGACGUUUCCCAGUACAACUGGAUAAUAUGCACGAACCUGCUUCUUCUCUCCGCUCGAACCUCGUGUGAUGUAGCCCGUGCUCAGCCAGAACAGAUGUACACCAAAAGGAUCCAGGCGCGAGCGUCGGAACUCGUGCAGAUCAUGAAUGCCUGGCCCUCAGAGUACAUCAAGUUUUCUCACCACACCCGAUAA